AUGGACGUUGUAUCCGAUCUCACCACGACCGCCUUCCUCAACAUGCUCCGCCGCUUCUUUGCUAGAAGAGGAGUGCCUCGGUCUAUUACAAGCGAUAACGCUCCUACAUUCGACUUGGGCAACACUAUACUGCAAGAAAGCAUCCAAGCUGCGCGAAAUGAUCCUAGCAUCAUAAGGGAAUUGAGUAACAGAGAAAUUGACUGGAAGCAUAUCACGCCAUACGCUCCCUGGCAAGGAGGUUUUUAUGAAAGGCUGAUUAAAACGGUUAAACUCUCGCUAUACAAGACUCUCGGUGGAUCAAAAGUGUCGCUGGAGGAGCUCUCGACAAUAGUGAUUGAAAGCGAAGCACUACUCAAUACACGACCACUUACGUACAUUGCCAAGGACUUCAAUAACGACCAAAUUUCAAGGCCAAUAGAUUUCUUGCAAAGAGAGGUACAAUUAUCCUACCCGUUAGGAUAUUUUAGUUCCGACCUACAAGAUCCGGACUAUCUUCCUCCGCCAGAAGCCAUCUCUGUCAAUACUAAAAAGCAAGCAGUAAUGACUUUAGAGACCUCAUGCCAAUUAACAGAAAACUUUUGGCAGAUUUGGCGGACACAAUAUCUGACGGCUCUGCGAGAAAAACGCACUCUCGAAGUGACUCACAAGAAGGGAUGUUCACGAAUCCCCAAAGAAGGAACUCUGGUACUCAUAUACGAUUCCCUGCAACCACGCCACUUGUGGAAGCUGGAAAUGGUAGACAAUAUACCACUCAAUAGUGAAGGGAAAAUACGCGAAGUAGUCGUGCGGUUGCCAGCUCAGCGUCUAAUUAAACGACCCGUGAAUCUUCUCGUACCUCUAGAGCUUGAGGAUACGGAAAAUUAUAGAGAAGAAAACUUGAAUAGGUCUGAAUCAGAACCAAAAGAAUCCCAAGACGAUAAUAGCACUGAUGGUGAAGCCGCGAUGGAACCUGAUGAACGGCCCAACAAAACGUACAACCUUAGACCACGCCAAAAAAUCAAUUACAACGAAGGCACGGAGAAUGUAGAAGGUACCGCUAACACCAAUAACAUCGUCAAUGCUUCUACUUUACUUCAAAUCUCCGUACUUCUCUUACUUGGGAUGACAGCAACAGCCACCAUAAAUGAACCAGCAAUACGUUCCCUUCAAUGCAUUCAAGGUGGUGUGCAUCUAAAAUCAUCAGGUGGUAUACCCUAUGAAAUUUGUGCAGACGAAUACUGCGUUCAAAUUGAUAACCCCAAGGUCAAUGAGAAUGAGGACGACACAAUGCCAUCUGAAAACUACAACUCCCAAUUCGACCGCCUGUCAAGAAUUCAGGAGACGAAAGACUUGGAAGAAGCAAUAGGAGCAGCAAUAGCUACAAUACAAGCUCAAGUAAAAGUACCAGUGGCUCUCGACAAAGAGUGGAAGCAUUUCGAAAUCCAGCAAAUUUGUUCGGAGACGGGAGGAUGGGAGCAGAUCACUCCCAUCAAUCGUUUUCUGAGGACUGCGUCUGUCACCAGAGAAAAACUGCUAGCAGCAACUCAUCAAUAUCUGGUUCUGGAUUCAAUACUUCGAAUCAAGUCGAAAGGCUCCAAAGCCUCGCCGGUACUCGACAUAAAAUCCGAGAAUAUCCGAAGGACUGUAGAAAAGGCACUCAAGAACCUGGAUAACAAUAUAUCCGACAUAGAAUGCGACUUGGUACUUGCAGAACGGACAGUCAGUACGGAAAAGGGAGGUCUAGUCGGUAUCAAGAACCAGCUUGCGCGAAUCGAGCAGAGACUCAUAGCUAUGACUCCAAAUCUGCAGCGUUUGGAACAUUCACCACCCCUAGCUCCAAUAGAAGGCACCUCAAAGGGGGACGAUGCUCCAGGUACAAGCCAAGAAGGACCGGCGAGACUGACGGAGAAAGAGAUAGAUGACGAUGAAUACCCUGCCCUUCUGUGCGCUGAAACUGUAAAAGUCCAAGAAUCGACCAAUACGGACAAGUCAAUAGUGAUGGAACCAGAAACUAGCACAGGAAGAAAGGGCCCAGUUAUGGAAAAGAACAAUAAAACCGAACCGAUAACGGCAGGAACAAGCAGCAGCUCCAUAAAGACAAAAAAGAAGCAUCUUCACGUCGAAAAUACUCAAGAUCAAGCCAUACAGGCACUGGAGAAGGAUCUCGACGACUUAAGGUUUGGGUUCGGCUACCUGUCCCGUAGAAAGUUAGGAGAACCUCUUGACGGGCCUCCAGAUGGUCGUUGCCCUGGGAGUGUAGCUCUGCUACUAUCAAUAAUACAGUACGAUAUUGAAGCGCAGACAUUCCACCCGGCGAGGGAAAUGUAUAAAGACCUGCUUCUACGUCUGGUUACUCAAUAUCUGCGGUUCAAUAGCAGGAUCGCCUCAGUCUUAGACUUCAUUAAUUCCUUCAUUGUUCAAUACCGCGUGGCAGUUCGUAAGGAACUUAAGCAUCAUGGUCAAAGACAUGGUUGA